UCUCUCUCUCUCUCCAUUUGAUAGGAAGAAGAAGAAAGAUAGAAAAAGAUAAAAGAAAGAGAGAAAAAAGAGAUUUAAUUAAAAUGCAAUGUUAUACAAAUGAAGAAGCAUUAGCAAGUCUCUUCAUCAAUGUCUCUACAUCUUUCUUUCUCCUCCUCCUCCUCCUCUACUCCGCCGUCUCCCUCCUCCUCAAGCUCCUCCACUUCAUCGGCGGCUACCCUCUCCUCCAAAGGAAUGAAUAUGAAUAUGAUUCGGCGGGGUGGUAUUCCGAAGAUGAAGAAGAGGAGGAAGAGGAAGAGGAAGAGGAAGAAGAAGGGAAAGAAUUCAAGAUGUCGUGUAACACAAGUUACCAUGUGAUAUCUAGAGAUCAAAAUCCAGAUUUGAUAGCUGAUAUAGGAGACGACGGAGAAUCUUUAAUGUUUUACAAUAAUAACUCUCAAGAUGGACUAUGUACUCAACACAUGAAGGAGGAGUUCAAUAAUGUCUAUCAAACUCAUGAACACGAAGAAGAAGAUGAUCAAGAUUCCAACACUUCUUCUACGGAGGAACACUUUUCUUCUGCCAAUGUUUCUCCUUAUCGCAGCGAAUCAUCAAUAGAAGAGGAAGAUGAUGGCGUUGAAGAUCUUCCUGACGAUCGUUAUGAUGAUGAUGACGAAGAUGAAGAGGUAGGAGGAGUGUCACGAUACGACGUCGUUGAGGAUUUGGUUCGUAAGCAACCAAAUACUAAUACUAGUACUCGUGGUCCCUCUCGUUUCCAAAGUGGUUUGGUGUUCAAUGACAAAAGCUACAAUGCAGGAGAGCUUGUGUCUAAUGGAGGAAUCAAGAAUGAUGUUGACGAGAUACAGCCAUCAUCGGGGUUUUCCAUGAGAGAGAUCAAAGCAGAGGAAUUAGAGGAAGAGGAAGAAGAAGAGAGAGGAGAGAUAUUCGGAGAGUCAUACACGAAUGGGUCAACGUCAAAAAGCUCAUCAGAAUGGAGAAACUCUGUCAAAACUGACGACCCUUUCUCAACUUCCUCUCGCCGGAGUUGCCCCAAAUGGGAAUCUUACACCGUCUUCCAAAAGUACGACGAAGAAAUGACUUUUCUCAGUAGAAUCACUGCUCAAAAGCUUCACGAAACAGAAUCGUUAAAGUCAAUCAUGGUGGAGCCAAGAUCGAUCUCGGAGAGGAUCGUUCACAAGUUAUCAUCAAAUGGAUCACACAAGAAAAAACAACAACGUUAUCCUGGUGGCAAUGGGUCGAGACCAAACCCGUACGUGGAACUAGAAUCAGCUUACGUGGCACAGAUAUGUCUAACAUGGGAAGCUCUAAGUUGGAACUACAAAAACUUCGAGAGAAAAAGAUCAUCCAGGCUACGAAGCUUCAACGACGUCGGAUGUCCGGCCGGCAUCGCCGACCAGUUCCGUACGUUUCAUAUUCUAUUACAAAGAUACGUGGAGAAUGAGCCUUAUGAACAUGGAAGAAGAGCAGAGAUUUAUGCCCGAAUGCGAACUCUUGCUCCUAAAUUGCUUCUUGUUCCUGAAUACCAAGAUUAUGAGGAGGAUGAGAAAGAAGAAGAGAAAGAGGAGGGUUUCAGGUCGAGGAUAUCGUCAGCAUCGUUCUUGAUGAUAAUGGAGGAAUGCAUAAGAACAUUCAUGAAUUUUCUCAAAGCGGAUAAAGAGAAGCCUUGUCAAAAGAUCCUCAAAGCCUUUUUUGGGAGAAGUAAACGAGGCUCCGUUGAUCCAACCCUUGUCCAUCUCAUGAAAAAAGUCAACAAAAAGAAAAAGACGAAGCUGAAAGAGAUGCGUCGAGGAGGAAAAUACAUGAGGAAGAAGAAGAUGAGUAUAGAGGAAGAAAUGGAGAUAUUGAUGGGUCUAAUAGACUUGAAAGUGGUGUCAAGAGUAUUGAGAAUGAAUGAAAUGAACGAAGAGAAUUUGCAUUGGUGUGAAGAGAAGAUGAGCAAAGUUAAGAUUAUUCAAGGUGGAAAGGUGCUUCAAAGAGAUUCCACUCCACUUUUCUUUCCUCCACAUUGACCCCACUAUUUCAAUCUAAUCUCUGAAUAUACCCUUUAUUCUUUCCCCACCCACAUCCUUCUUCUUCUUCUUCUUUUUUUUCCUGUUUUUACACCUCAUAUUGUAGGAGAUCUUUUUUUGUCCAAAAAAAAAAAAAAAAAAAAAAUUGUAGGAGAUCUUUUAGACAAAACCCACCAAAUAAAGAGUACCAUAAAGUUUUUAGAUAGGGAUAUACUGUAGAUUGCUUUAGUUCUUUAUACUUUAUACUUUCUCUUUGUUUUUCCUUUUCUUGCUCUCUAUAUCUUUCUACUUUUUAGUUUCUUAGUUAAUUAAGUUUCAGGCUUUAUUAGGAAGUUAGGUGAGUCAUACACUCAAGGAAUCACAACAUUAGGUAUAUACUUUUAAGGAGGAAAAAUCAAAUUAUUUGUUCCACACUUAUGAUGGGAAUGGAUUUUUUUUGGUUGCA